UCUAUCCGGCUAGGGAAUUGCAAAUCCCGUAGAGAAGAACGUCUCAUUAUCGCGAGACGGAGAAUCAACAUGGCUUGCUUCCAUAGAUUUCGCUAGCCAUUUUAGUCAAUUGAAAAAUCCCAAAAUCUGAGAGUUUGAGUUAUCUACUCGAAUUUCAAAUGACUCAACCAAUAAAGCAAGUACUGUAGCUACAUACAGUAAUUCCUCUUCCAGGUUUCUUGCGUCUUUGUUAACCAGCUAGCUAGAUAACGUUAACUGAGUCUGCCAUCCAGAGCUACCCUUGUUCAGCUGUCUAGCUAUCUUGAUUUGCCUGGCUGCACUCUUCACAGUCUUCAGUGUUUGUUUUAAGUGACAUCCUCCUCUUCACCACCCCACCUGAUUGACAGCAAAGAAGUGCUCCUCUCCUUGGGACUCGGUGUAACCCUCCACCCUAUCUACCCCUGUUGUCCCCAGAGCAGGGGGUAAGGACACCACCGUCGCCACAAUGCUGGAGUCUGUAAGGAACACGUUUCACGCCCAGCUGGCCACCGUCAUGGACUCCCUGCUGGCUGCAGCGGUGUGUGAGAUCGCAAAAAUCUUUGAGAGCAGUCUGUGUGAGCAGCAGGAGGAGCUGACACAGAGAGGAGAGGAGAUCACAGGCCUGAGGGGGAGGCUGGAGCGGGCAGAGAGGAGGCUGAAGAAGGAAGGAGAGGAGGAAGAAGAAGGAGAGGGCCUACUGGAUGUGGUAGAAGGACCAGUGAGAAAAACAGGAGGAGAUGGCAGCCCGGGGCAGCAGUCUGAACCAAGAGCUGGUUCAAGCUGGGAUUCGGAUGCGGCCUCUGAGACCCCUCCACUGGUCCAGGACAGCGGAUGUAAGAAGUCCCACAGGAUGAAAAAGGAGAGAACUGAGCUGGAGGGUUCCUCCAUCAAAGAAGAGCUUAAACAUUGCCCUCUUCCACAGUUCGAGGAGCCCCACCCUGCCCCUGUGGAGGGGGAGGGCCAAGGGCCAGGGAGGAGCUCUUCUGCUGGGGGUCAGAGGCUGGGAGAACCCUUGUCUGACACAACAGGGACCAAGGCAAAGUUAUCCCAUUGGGAGGGAGACCCCAGACCUCUUCAGAGCCAGAGCUCCACCUCCUUCUUCCAUGGCCCCCGGGUUGGACAUUUCUCUCCCAGACCCGACCACAGGUCUCCUGGGCUUGACCCCUGGGCCAGUGGGGUUCCUCUAGAGCUUCAGGAUCCAAGCUUCCUGGACCAGAGCCCAGACCAGGUACUAGAGCAGAGAGAGCCCCGGCAGUCACAGGACCAAACCAACCAAUCCCAGAGAGGCCUGAGACCAAGAGACGACAGAGGGAGGGGCCUAGUUCAUCAGAACCGCUGGUCAUUGGCUGCCAAGGAUCCAGUCAGACCACACCCCAACGCACAUGCUCAGAAACACGCACAAGGUCACGCACACACACUGGGCGGGGCGAGACCCUACACUUGUCCGUACUGCGGCAAGAGCUUCAGCUACCCGUCCCACCAGCGCAGGCACCUGCUGCGCCACACAGGGGUGAGGAUGUACCCCUGCUUGGUAUGCGACAAGAGCUUCCUGACUCCGUCAGAGCUCACGGUGCAUACCCGCGUCCACACAGGGGAAAGGCCGUUUGGCUGCACCCAGUGUGGAAAGCGUUUUGCCCGCAGCGGGAACCUCCGGGCCCACCAGAGAGACGUCCACCUGGGGAAGAGACCCUUUGUCUGCCAGGAGUGUGGCAAGAGGUUCGCCCACAGGGGCAACCUGAGGGUGCACUACCAGAGGGUACACCAAGGCCUGCCAUACCAUGAGGAUGAGUAUGACCAGGAUGGCAACACUCUCCCCUCUACUGGGUAAAGGGUCAACAGGGUCACAUUCAGUAGGAGCUAAUGGGAGAAAGCAUUUUAAAAUGGAAAAUGAGUGUUCUUGCAGUGCAUUUGGAAAAUAUUCAGACCCCUUGACUUUUUCCACAUUUUAUUAUGUUAUAGCCUUAUUCUAAAAUUGAUUAAAUUGUUAUUUUUCUCAAUCUACACUCAAUACCCCAUAAUGAAUAAGAAAAAACAGGUUUUUAGAAUAUUUUGCAUAUGUAUAAAAAGUAAACCUGGGGAAUAGUUACAGGGGAGAGGAGGGGGGAUGAAUGAGCCAAUUGUAAGCUGGGGAUGAUUAGGUGGCUGUGAUGGUAUGAGGGCCAGAUUGGGAAUUUAGCCAGGACACCGGGGUUAACACCUCUACUUUUACAAUAAGUGCAACAUCCCAUCCGAAAGACGGCACCCGACACAGGGCAAUGUCCCCAAUCACUACCCUGGGGCAUUGGGAUAUUUUUUUAGACCAAAGGAAAUAGUGCCUCCUACUGUCCCUCCAACACCACUUCCAGCAGCAUCUGGUCUCCCAUCUAGGCACCGACCAGGACCAACGCCGCUUAGCUUCAGAAGCAGGCCAGCAGUGGGAUGCAGACCCUUUACUCAUUACAUUGUUUAAGCACCUUUGGCAGUGAUUACAUCUUCGGGUCUUAUUGGGUAUGACACUACAAGCUUGACACACCAGUAUUUAGUGAGUUUUUCCAAUUCUUUGUAGAUUCUCUCAAGCUCUGUCAGGUUGGAUGGGGAGCGUCUCUAGAGAUGUUCUAUUGGGUAGAAGUCUGAGCUCUGGCUAGGACAUUCAGAGACCUGUACCAA